CAUUUAAUUCGUUUCGGCUCCAUUUGGUUUAUUCGGCUCGUUUGCUGCUGCUGCUCACUUCAGACCAUUCAGACUUCACACGCUUGCAAUCACACGCCGACGACUUGCAAACGAUGGUGAAAUAACCCGGGCUAAUCUUAACUUGUCCGUCGCUGUUCACAAUUGUUUUGUCGGUACCGUCGGUGACACGUGGUGGUGUAUUCAUCAUGGGAAGCACGGAUACUACGGCAAAAUUGCUGAACGAUAACCAUGAGAUCGACGAGUACGGGACUAACCUAAAGAUUCUACCCUGCAACAACCAGGUGAAAGAGUUGCAAACCAUUUUACGGGAUAAGAAUACCACGAGAAGUGAUUUCAAGUUCUAUGCUGACCGUUUGAUCAGACUAGUUAUUGAAGAGAGUUUGAACCAAUUGCCGUUUACGAAAUGUGUGGUGACAACUCCAACCGGUGCCAAAUACAAAGGUUUAAAAUAUCAGAAGGGAAAUUGUGGCGUAUCUAUAGUAAGAAGUGGAGAAGCUAUGGAACAGGGUCUAAGGGAUUGUUGCCGUAGUAUCAGAAUUGGUAAGAUAUUGGUAGAGAGUGACAUUGACACGCAUGAAGCUAGAGUAGUUUAUGCUAAAUUCCCAGACGAUAUAUCAGAGAGAAAGGUCUUAUUGAUGUAUCCAAUAAUGAGUACAGGAAAUACCGUUAUAAAAGCCAUAGCUGUGCUAAAAGAACAUAAUGUGCUCGAAGAAAAUAUCAUUCUGUCAAAUUUGUUUUGUACACCAAUUGCAGCCAAAUCUCUAGUCACUGCCUUUCCUAAGAUGAAGAUCUUAACGUCUGAGAUCCAUACUGUUGCGCCAAAUCAUUUUGGACAAAAAUACUUUGGCUGUACUCGUGUUGUAGUGGAGACACCAAAUAUACAAGAGAAAGAUAAUUGAGGAUGUAGUAUCAUUAGAUAUUGAACUGAUCAAAUAGUAAAUUCAAUUUAUUAAGAAUAUGAAGGAUGUUAUAAAAACUUAGGUAAAUCAAUCAGAUUAUUUUUAACCUGAGAAAGGAUAAAGAAUAUUUUUAGAUAUUGUAUACCAAGAAGUAUAUAUUAUGCACAUAGCUAGUUUUUAUAUCGCUUUUCAAAGACAUCAGCAUAUACCCUACUACAGAUUUGUUAUAAAGUUAUAUCUAUAUAUAUAUUUGAGUAUCGUAUCUACGUAUAUACAUAUAUACUUACCUUAUUUAAUAACAGAAGACAAAGUUAUUCAAUUCCUCAAAACAUAUAUUGUUAUAGAUCAUAUAAUAGUUAUUAUUUGGUCAAAUAUAUUAGUAAAUUUCAAGGAUAUAUAAACGGAAUCUUAAACUUGAAUCAUUGUAUUUAUUAAUAAAUUCUUGUAUGCAUGUAACAAUGAUUGCUGUUGAGCCAUAUAUGUAUAUAUAUGUAUAUAUACAUAUUAGUAUAUAUACACAUGUGUGUGAGUGUGUGUGUAUGUGUAAUGAA